CAUUGCAUCUGAAACUGAUGAUUACAUAUAUUUAGAGAUAUUACGGGUGUUGAAGCAUUAAUGGGCCACAUGAACUUUGCCAUGCACCGAAAUAUGCUGCUAUAAUGAUUUAUUACUAUUUAGCUGAUACUGCUCUCCUUUUUCCCCUAUUCUUGCUUAAGCCUUGCAAAUGUCGAUCCAAUUGACGUUGCAAGAAAUAUUGCAGGCUUGAAUCCUGAAACCACACUAGUUGUGGUGGUUUCAAAAACUUUUACUACAGCUGAGACCAUGUUAAAUGCUAGGACACUGAGGGAAUGGAUAACAGCUUCCUUGGGGCCUCAAGCAGUGGCAAAGCAUAUGGUUGCUAUCAGUACUAAUCUCACGCUUGUAGAGAAGUUUGGCAUCGAUCCAAAUAAUGCUUUUGCAUUCUGGGACUGGGUGGGAGGCCGCUAUAGUGUUUGCAGCGCUGUUGGAGUACUACCUCUUUCUCUGCAAUAUGGAUUUUCAGUCGUGGAGAAGUUCUUAAAGGGAGCUUCAAGUAUUGAUCAACACUUCUAUUCUGCACCUUUUGCAAAGAAUUUACCUGUGCUAUUAGGUUUGUUGAGUGUUUGGAACGUAUCAUUCCUCGGAUUUCCUGCAAGAGCCAUUUUACCUUAUUCUCAAGCACUGGAGAAAUUCGCACCCCAUAUUCAGCAGGUUAGUAUGGAGAGCAAUGGAAAAGGGGUAUCAAUCAAUGGUGUGCCUCUUCCCUAUGAGACUGGUGAAAUUGAUUUUGGCGAACCAGGAACAAAUGGCCAGCACAGCUUUUACCAAUUAAUUCACCAGGGUCGUGUCAUACCUUGUGAUUUUAUUGGUGUGGUUAAGAGUCAGCUACCUGUUUACCUGGAAGGUGAAAUGGUUAGCAACCAUGAUGAACUAAUGUCAAACUUCUUUGCACAGCCAGAUGCCCUUGCUUAUGGAAAGACUGCAGGACAGCUGCUAAAAGAAAGUGUUCCUCGACCUCUUAUUCCACACAAGACUUUCUCUGGAAAUCGACCUUCUUUCAACCUUCUACUUCCUUCAUUGAAUGCUUACAACAUUGGACAGUUACUGGCAAUUUAUGAACACAGAAUUGCCGUGGAAGGCUUUGUAUGGGGUAUCAAUUCCUUUGAUCAGUGGGGUGUGGAAUUGGGGAAGUCACUGGCUACUCAAGUUAGAAAGCAGCUUCAUGCAUCUCGUAAGAAAGGUGAACCAGUUGAAGGCUUCAAUUUCAGCACUACAACAAUGUUGACAAGAUAUCUACAGGAAAGUGCUGAUGUCCCCAAGGAAGACUGAGGUUCCACCAAAGAUGUAAUUUUGAUCAACUCACAAGUUGGAUGAGUUCAUAGUCUUCGUGCUCUCUCUAUCGUGAAUAUACCCGUUUUGUAGUCUUUUUGCAGAAUUACCUCACAUCCGGACGACUUUCCUUUCAUUUCUUAUGCUUUCAUCCUCUAGUACAUCAUCUUAACAUUUGACCAUUUCCUCAAUAAUUGACAUACUUGAAACAGAAACUAGCAGAUAAUCUGUAAACUGUGGAUUUCCUGAGAAAUAAAUACCUUGGUGCAUAACACCAAUUCCAUAUGUAAUUUAGAUGUAUAAGUUGCAGACAUAGACCUUUUGGUUUUGAGCCCCCCCACUUGUUAAUGUUACUAGAGGCUAGUAUUUAUGAUC